AUGGCGGAAAUUGCAGUAAACUACCUACUUGACAAGCUCAAGGACUUUCUAGAGAAUGGGGUUCUAUUGAGAGGUGCCGAGGAAGAAAUUACUUUAGUGAAGAGACAAUUGGAGUACAUAAGGACAUUCCUGAGGGUUGCAGAUUCCCUGGAAGAGAGUGAUGAGGAAGUCAAAGUUUGGGUGAAGCAGCUGAGAGAAAUCGCAUAUGACACCGAGGACGCUCUUGAUGAAUUCAAAUUUCUCCUGGCGCAUGAUCAUGAAAUUGGUUCACGUGGUCUUCUCUCCAAGAUGUCCUGCUGUAUCAAGAACAUGAAAGGUCGAUACCGAAUUGCUUCGGAGAUGAAAUCCAUCAACUCCAGGAUCAAAAGCAUAUAUGAUGGACCCUGGAGGAUCCGAGACAAAUUAAAUAAAGCCGAACAUUGCUAUGGCUCUAGUAAGCCAAACGACACAUGGCAGGACCAGCGAGGGAAUGCCCUUCUUUUAGACAAAGCUGAGCUCGUGGGCAUCAAUGAACCGACAAAAAGGCUGGUUGGCUGGCUGAUUGAGGACGCUUGCACGCGAGAAGUAAUCUCAGUCGUGGGGAUGGGAGGACUGGGGAAAACUACCUUGGUGAAGCAAGUUUACGAAGAUCCAGAAGUGAAAAAACAUUUCAUGGUACAUGCUUGGAUAAGUCCUUCUCCAUCUCCAAAUAUAGAAGAGAUCCUCCAAGGCAUGAUUCGACAAAUUCUGCGGGAGACCGAAGAACCAGUUCCUCCUCUAGAGGAAAAGGACGGGUUAUGCCAGAAGAUGAUUAUCAAGGACUUGCUACAAAAUGCGAGGUACCUGAUCAUUGUAGAUGAUGCAUGGCACAUAAAUGAUUGGGAUGCGAUCAAACAUGCGUUGCCUAACAACACCUGUGGCAGCCGAAUAAUCAUCACAUCCAGGAAUUCUGCUUUGGCGUACACCUCAUGCGGAGAAUUCAGAGGGAUGGUUUACAAGAUGGAGCCACUACCACCUGAACAGUCCUGGAAGCUUUUCUGCGCAAAGACAUUUCAGGGGAACUCGUGCCCUCCUCAUCUAGAGGAGACUUGCAGGCUUAUCCUAAGAAAGUGUGAGGGAUUGCCACUUGCUAUUGUGGCCAUCAGUGGUGUCUUGGUUUCGAAAGACAGGAGAAAAAAGGAUGAAUGGGAUCUGGUUCGUCGUAGUCUUCGUACUGAAAUCGAUUGCAACGACAAAUUCAAAGCCUUGAAGAGAGUCCUUUCACUUAGUUUUGAUGACCUACCAUACUACUUGAAGUCCUGUUUCUUGCUCUUGAGUGUAUUUCCCAAGGGUUACCUCAUUAAGCAUGCGAGAUUAAUUCACUUAUGGAUUGCAGAAGGAUUUGUAGACAAGAAAGAAGGCAUGACAGUAGAAGAAGUAGCCCAGGACUACUUCAAUGAGCUCCUGAACAGAAGCCUGAUGGAGAUGGCUGUUGAAACAAGCGAUAGAAAGAUCAAGUAUUGCCGUAUCCAUGAUUUUCUGCUGGAUAUCAUUGCUUCAAAGUCAAGCAACCAAGGCUUUGCAGAAAUAGCCAUAGGAAAACAUCAUAAAUGUCCGGACAAAGUUCGUUGCCUAUCUAUACAGAACAGAUUGCAAGCGAUCCAACAAAAAAGGUCAUUGUCUCAACUACGUUCUUUAUACAUGUUUGGGGUAGAAAGAUCUUGCAUGGAUGCCGUUCUAGGUAGUGACAUGAGACUGCUCACUGUUCUGGACUUGCAAACUCCUUCUUUAAAAAGGUUCCCAGCUCAAGUUGCUGAGUGGUGGUACCUGAGAUAUCUAAGUUUCAGGUACAGCAAGGUGAGAACUGUUCCAAAUUCCAUAGGGGACCUUCAAAACCUAGAGACCCUAGACCUUAAAUACACAUACGUCACAGAAUUUCCAGUUAUGAUCUUGAAGCUCCAACGACUUCGCCAUCUAUUCAUAUGUCGUCAUGGAGAGACGCCCUACCCAAUCUUUAAACACGGUUUCAAGCCCCCAGAAGGAAUAGGGGCUCUACGGUCCCUGCAAAAGCUCCUCUGUGUGGAAGCAGGUGACGAGGGAAACAGCAGCUUAAUGAGAGAGCUUGGAAAGUUGAAACAAUUGAAUAAGUUAGGCAUCGUGAAGUUAAGAAAAGAAGACGGAAGGGAAUUGUGCUUGUUGAUUGAGAAAUUAACAAAGCUUCAAGUAAUAGCUGUAAGGUUAGUCCAUGAAAAUGAGAUUAUUCAUCUACAACCCCUCACUUCCCCACCUCCAUUUCUCCAGAGAAUCUACUUGACGGGACGUCUGGAGGCAUUACCACAUUGGAUAUCAUCUCUUGAUAGCCUAAUGGUAUUGAAGCUGAAAUAUAGUCGGCUAAAGGAUGAUCCAUUGCCGUCUCUUGGGAUUUUGCCUAAUCUUGUGCAUCUCAAGUUGCUUCAGGUUUAUGAAGGAACUAAGUUGCGUUUCAAAGCCAACAACUUCUUGAAGCUACGGAUUCUAGACCUUGGUCCAUUUGACAAACUUGAGUGCAUGGAAGUGGAGAAGGGAUCAAUGCCUUGUCUUGAGGAGUUGACUAUGGAGAGUUGUAAGCUAAUGGAGAAGCUUCCAUCUGAUAUCGAGCACCUGGAAAAGUUGAAAGUGCUGAAGUUUAUUGACAUGCCUGAUGAGUUAGUGAAGAAACUUAGGCAAGAAGGACAAGAUGAUGAUUACCUGAAAGUGGCACAUGUUCCAGAAGUAUAUUAUGGUUACCGGAGAAAUGGGGGAUGGGAUGUUUUGCUCACCAAGGCAUUUGUAUGA